GCCAUUUUGCCGCUUCACCAAAGACGCAUACGCUAGAACAAAAUAGUGACACAUUGAUAUCACCAUAUCUUUCACAAUCUUGGACUUACAAAUACAAAAAUAUUUCCAAAGCUCAAAGUGACAUGAAAAGAGUAUACAAACUCAGUAAGUGUAAAUGGUAUCACCAACAGAGGCAUCGAAAUACAGGAGAUAUCCAUCCACGAAUAUAGUGUGAUGAGGCUGCACCGAAACGCAGUGUCCAUCACCGUGAUGGGGGAGGGCAGGUAAGACGUCCUGCAAGACAUUCAACUACCUGCUCCAGUUUUAUAACGUCUUGGGAGGCGAAGACACGGCCCAAGACACAGUUAGAAAAUGGCUGGAAAAAGCAGACAGCUGAUCAGCCAGUCGUUUACAGAAGGGCCAUCUCUCCCGGACAGACGGCCGGCGAGGCACAACCUCAGCGACAGCGACAUGCUCAGUCUCAGCGCUGCCAUGAUGGACAGCAGACCAAACAACCUGCCUUUCUCAACUGUCGAUGCUUUCUCACAGUUUCCAUGGGAGCUGUGCCCAGACAGUCUAAGGCUGUGAACCAGCCCAGUAUGAACAAUGACAGGCGGAUGAUGGGCAGGUACCCGAGCGGCCCUUCUCUAGUGGAGAGCCUGUACGGACAGGCUGGGAUCAGGCCUGGUGUGAGCCCCCGGUCUGCAUCCGCACCCUUAACUAUGGACAACCAACUGAACGUGGGAGUGCGAACUACAGUGGGCGCCAACAACACUCUAGCCAACAACGAACGGUCUGCCACGAUGCAGGUGAAACCUUCGCACCAGGGCGCUCGUGUCAACCAACUCUCGCUGCCCACAGAGCCGCGUGUGAGCGCUACAGCAUCAGCUGCCAGAAGAGAGGAAGCCUCGUCUGUGGAAUCAUUAGAGCCUGAUACCAGUCAGAUCAUUGGGCGGCUGAUGCAGAUACGGGACUACCUGAAGCAGGCUAAAGGCAUGCUGAGCCAGAUCGAGAACUCUGCUGGGACGAGCUCGAAUCGUGACCAGAGAGACAAACUCCAGGAGCUGGUUGGACAGUUAGAGGAACAGGAGAAGGGCUAUCUGGGUCUUCUGCAGAGAAUACUGGCUGGGGACAGAGAGGGUGAGGUUGCAGGUCAAGCAGACGACGACACGUCCGUCAACGGCUCCGUUGCCUACAGCAUGUCACUCGACCUUGGGGACGCUCGGUCAGACAUCUCUGAAGUCACCAGUGAGGCCACCUUCACCGCCCGCAACCGCCCGCAGAUCGAGGACCACCUGGGCUUCCAUUCCUCGUCCGAGAUGGAGCAGGACUCCAACGGGAACAUGGGGAGCUGGGAUAACGAUGGCCGGCCCAUGAGUCCCGGUCCCGGCGCGAGGAGGGACCACGCUGCUAGACUGCUGGCCUGGGGGAUGCCAGCAGGGGAGCUAGAGAGGGCAGUCAGCCCCGAGCCUGGUGCACGCCGCCCCCCGCGGCUCGCGUGGGCCACUCCUGAUCCCGAGGAGCUAAACAAUCAGCAGGAUGCCGCCCGAGCAGCAGACACGACAGUGGAGAAGGCCUCGGGUCCAGACGAGGUGGACCUGGAGGGUCUGCGGCAGCAGAAGGAGCUGCUGAGGAAGAUGCUGGAGCAGCAGGAACAGCUGAGACAGCUGCAGGACAGGCAGAAGAUGCUGGUCCAGCUGCAGGAGGAGGUGCAGGACACCCUGCAGAGGAGUCAGGCAGCUGCAGGUGAUGAGGGUGCCCAGGGAGGUUUGAUCCCGGAAGCUGUGGCAGAUCGUCUGAAGGACAAACUGGCAGUGCUCCAGGGUAAGCAGGAGCACAUGGCUGACCUCAUGCGGCAACUGCACUCCCUGCAACACCUCAGGCAGAUGCACGAGUUAGACCCAACAUCGAGCUCUGUGACAUCUAACAACCGUCAGAAUGAGUCCAUUGAAGAGGCGAUGAAGCGUCGUGAAUCUGGCCAGCAGGAACCAGCGGCCAGGGCGCCGGCUGUCAGCGAACCUCGCCAGGAUACAGAAAACAAGCUGAGGAAACUCCAGGAUGUGCGAGAACGUCUGAACCAGCUGCGGGAGCUGGUGAGGUCCUACCAGGCCAGCGGCCUCGAUGAUGAAACCAUCACCAUCUCAACAACCACCAGCCAACAGAGAGAUUCAGACUUCAUGGAGAAUGGAGUUGAACAAGAUGAUGAUGAUGACGAUGAUGAUGAAGAUGAUGAUGAUGAUGAAGAAGAGGAUGACAGUGACAGUGAUGAUGAGGAAGAUGAUAAUGAAGAGGAGGAGGAGGAAGGAGAUGGUGGUGCCAGGGGCCAGGAGGACAACGUCAGUCUUUCUAGCUCCACACUCGCCACCAUGGCAGAGGAUCCUGUCAUCAAGGAAAAAGUCAGGAAGUUGCAGGAGGCGAAAGAGAAGCUGCGUCGCCUGCAGGACCUGGUGUCUGUGAUGCAGACCAGCUCCAUGCAGGGCAUCACCCUGCCCAAGGAGCUGGCAGACCUGCUGGGGGAGACGGAGGAGGAGGAGGAGACAGACGAACCUCCCACCCGACAGGCCAGGGCACCACCGUCUCUGCCAGACUCGACCGCCAGCAGCCAGCCUGGACAGAGCAUGGAUGAUCAGGUGCGGAGGAUGCAGGAGGAGGAGCUGGCCAGUCUGCUGCAGGAGAAGGAGAGGCUCAUGGCCAUCCAACAGGAGCUGCUCAGGCUGCAGGACGCCAAACUCACCAUGGCAACCGCUCACCAACAGGAGGCGAGGGCAGACUCAGCCCCCAGUAGUGCCCGUGUCUACAGGGAGAGAAGCACUGGUACUCGAGAGGCUGCACAGCCCCAGCCUCGGCCGCUCUAUCAAGGUGCAAGUGCAAGUCAGAGACAGCUGCCUCCAAGACAAAGGCCCACAGACCGUGACACGUGGGAGGAGCUACGACAGCAGAUGAUGCUACGGGAAGAGAUCCGCCGCAAGCGCACGGAACUGGAGGAUCUUACAUCAGCAGCAGAGAAAGGCGACUUCUCAGUCAUCAGUGACACAUCAGGGUUCCCAGGGUACAGUGUGAUGAGUGGUGGAGAUGUUACCAUGGCAACUUGGGGUGGGUCCACACAGCGCAGCAGUGACUCUGUACAAGACCAGGGCAUGGACUUCAACUCUAUGGACGAAGGCUAUCCCAGUGAUGGUAUAGUCCAGGCAGAAGAGGAAGAGGAGGAAGAUGGCAGCCAGGCCACCUACACCAUCGAGAGGGGUCCUGGUGGGAACUACCUACGUGUGUUUCCAAGAGCCGAGCAAGACUUAGGGAGAGACAGUUUUGCGCCGUCAGGGAGCCGUGGAUACAGCUCAAGUAGAGACUCCUGGAGGAAUAGGCAAGAGAACUACCGUUCAGCUGAGGAGCUGAUGCAGGAGGAUGUGUCUGGGUGGGUGGUGAAGGAGUGCCGGCGGCUGCAGGACCUGUGUGGACAGUUACAGCAGCAGAUGGGAUCCACCACUAACCUGUGUCAGGCACUGCUCGCAGACCAACAGUUGCUGAACAGGCUGGUAUCCAGCAGCCUGAACGGUUCCAGUGGGUACGGCAGCGGGAGUGCGUCGCCCCAGACACCGCGGACGGACCUGCUGGCGUACUUCAGCGGCCAGCUGCACCAGAAGCAGCAGCUGCUGGCCCAGCUCCUGCAGUGUUACAACCAGCUGUCGCAGCAGCAGCACGACCUGGUGGUCAUGCAGCAGACCUGGGAGGGUGCACACACCCUCCAGGACCCCAACCACCCCGCCGUCACCUCACCUACACCCACCUCUGCCCCCUACCGACCUGAUAGCAACCCCUUCUCACACCCCCAGCUCAGCCCGUUUGCAUCCUCCUACCCGAGUCACCCACGUGGGUCGUUCACCUUCAGUCCCAGCUUCCCUCCCAGCUUCCCCAACCCAGACAACACCCAGUCCUACAGACUCCCCACGCCGGGGAGCGGGUACAGGGGACUCCAGCCUACCAGCGAGGGAAUGCAGCAGACUGACAUCACCAUUCCACCAGACAGGAUGACCAGGAGACAGCCUGACAUCCCGGCCAGGAACAUGCCUGCUCCUAAAGGGGCAGUACAAACCUCCAGUGGGAUGGUUAGAACAACACAGGCUACAGCACCAACAACAGUACCAAAAUUAGACUUCACCAAACUUAAGAAGUCCAAAGAAAGUUCAAGAAUGCAAGGUACCCCUGACUCCAAGACAAAGAAAUCCAAAAAGAGAGGCCACAGAGCCACCAUGUAUGAAGCAGAAGGGGACCAAUUGUCCCAGAGUUUCCCCCACGUCACAGCCGGCAUCAGUGGUACAGGGUUUGACACCACCAGUAUCUCCAGUAAGCUGUCCAGUGUCACAGGCAGUGAGAGGCCUGAUGCAGACGUGCUGUCCUCCCAUGCUGCCAGUGAGGUCUCGUUAUUCGAGGCCCUGCGUGACACCAUCUACUCGGAGGUGGCCACGCUGAUCUCGCAGAACGAGUCCCGGCCACACUUCCUGAUCGAGCUGUUCCGGGAGCUACAGAUGCUCACCUCUGACUACCUGCGACAGAGGGCUCUCUAUGCUUUACAGGAACUGGUGACGCGGUACCUGACAGAAGACAGCAUCAAACAGCACAGACCUCCCAUCAGCAUGCCUGUCAACCUCAGGGCCUGGCUGGGGGGAAACUCAGAACAGACUCCCAGUGACAGUAUGGUAACCUCAGACAAUGAGGGAGGUGAGGAGGGGCGCACCAUGCCUGGUCAGUAUGACUACAUGGAAGACGCCGGCUCUGCCAGCUCCAUGUCCACCCCCCAGUCCGAGGGCGGCUUCGACCCCUUCGCCAACGACGACCUGGGCAACACGGUAAUCCACCUGGACCGCGCCAUGCACCGGAUGCGUGAGUACGAGCGGUUGAAGGCGGAGGCAGAGGGUGGGGAUGACGGUUCCCCACACAGCUCGGAGCCCGGCCAGGCCAACACCACCUCUGCUGCCACCAGCACCAACAGUGCGACCAGUAACUCCUCUGCUCAGGACGUCGGCUCCGAGAGCUCCAUAUCGGAUGGACCGUAUCCCCGUGUGGACACGCAGCAGUUGGACCAGGAGAUCAAGGCCAUCAUGACGGAGGUGAUUCCCCACCUGAAGGAACACAUGGAGGAGGUGUGCUCUCCCCAGCUGCUGGCUUACAUCCGCAGGCUGGUCAUGUCUCUCACACGACACAGGGAUGACAGCAAGGAGUUUAGCAGGUUCUUCCACAAACAGCUGGGCACCAUCUUACAAGACUCCCUACAGAAGUUUGUGGGAAGGAAGAUGCGGGACUGUGGGGAGGACUUGUUGGUGGACAUCUCAGAGAUCCUGUUCAAUGAGCUGGCCUUCUUCAGACUCAUGCAGGACCUGGACAGCUCACCUUCCAACUGGCUGCAGCCCACACAGUCUGGAGAGGAGGACCAGACGACGGGGCAGCGAGGCGGCAGCGGAGGUGAGGGGGAGGGGAAGUCUGACAGCAGCAGCUCCACGGAGACAGGAGACGAGGACGGAGACACCACACCCAAGGGGACGGCCAGUCACACCACAGGCACACAGGCCAGCUGGCACAGGGAGAAGGCCAGCAGUGGAGUGAACACCCAAGGAACAGGACAGGGGAGCAGAAUGUAUCCUGAUGUUCCUCCUGUUAAGUUCAACCUGUCAGUGAGUGAGUUACAACCUCUCACCAGCUACGGCAGUGGGGAGGAGGAUGAGGAACAGGAGACAGAGCAGUUUGAAGAGGUGACAGACAUUCCGACAGGUGUGCAGGCGGAGAGGGACGUCUCAGACGCCAACACCACAACGCCGUCCACAAACCAGCCAGAACAGGCCAGUUCACCACAGAAAACCGGCUCCCCGUCCAAACCGGAUCAGCCUGGUUCACCUGCGAGACGGCAAGGGGAGGAGCCUGUAACAACUGCUGAUAAGGAAACACCGUCCACACCGAAAUCUGCUGAAGAUGGCACAGCAGAGACAGCGGGCGAAGGAGAAAACGGCCAGGUUGUCAUGCCUGAGCAAGGUAAGGACAAGGCUGAAGACAAAGAGGUGCCCAUUGCAGAAAACGGGGUGCCUGAGCAAAGUGAGGAGGCUCCUGAAGUGGGCCAGGGUGACCAAGUCGGAGAGGUGUCCCCAAGGAGCCUGACAGCUCUGUCUAAGGAGGUGCUGGACCAGCAGCAGGCAGAGGAGGACAAAGAGAACGUCCUGGUGGCUGAGAUGAUCGCCGACGGUGGCAUGAACCCUCAGCUGGCAGGCGACCCCAACAAACUACCAGAGGUGGAGUCCUCUGCAUAGACGUUUGUUAGGUGGUGUGUAGAAAUCCGUCCAUAUAGUGGGUGUGCAUGUGCCUGUGUGAAUUCUGAGCGUAGGGCGUGUGUAUGCAGAUUGGGAAAAGAGGAAAACUUGCCUGGUCUUCCAUAUCAGCCAAUCGUAAAUUGCAACUAAAAGGAGGGAAUUAUCUACCCUGCAUAUGUCCAUAAGCUAUCUCUUGAUUCACAAGUUUUGACUAGUUCUGCCAGUAUAAGUUACUAUAACCUAGUGACGCUGAAGAAGAGUGAUGUACAUUUGUACAUGUAUGUCACUCAGAACGUCUGAUAAUCUCUAUUUUGUCCGAGAUUGAAAUGUCUAUGAGUGUCUCCAGUGAAAAAUACUAGAAAAGAAUUCUUUGGCAAAGUCACCCAUGCACACACCCUAUCCUCUGGAUUCACUAGACAUAUGCAGUACUGAAUUGAGUACAAAGUUUUCACUCCCAGAUGCACAGGUGUACUAUAGACUUGUGUGUCUGUAUAUGCACAUAGAAAAGGAGUAUGUAAUGUUUCUCAUUGAAAAUUUGAAUUUAUCAAGGAAUUUACACUUCAAUGUAAAUGUAGAAUAUAUAAUUGUAAUGAUUUAGAAAGAGUAUAAAACAAUCAAAUUGUAGUUGCCUCUACUCUGUACGAAGAGUUGUAAGUUCCAUAGCUCGGAUGAAUUGUACUAAAACAAGUUGUACAUAUUAUUAUUCUACUACUGUAUCUCCUAUACUGCGUUUGCUGCUUCUUUUGCGGCAAAUCCUCCUUGCAAAUCUGAAGACAUUUUCAUUCCAUAUCAAAGAAAGUCUGUAUGUUGAGUUUGACUCCAAUGUACCUGUUCUUCUUACUGACUUAUGCGGUAACUGAUACAAACUUAAACUGGGUGUACUAACUUACCAUAGGGAGAAAGUUCAUAUAUCAACAGUGUAUGUACUAUUAGCUGCUUUGUUGUUGUGAGACAAAAAAAAUCACUAAAUGAUCUGAUUACCCAAGUGGUAUCUCCCAGACUUUACCCUGUACAUUGUUUUCAUGGCUUAAAGUAGCUUUUCAACUGUCAUUCCAAGUUGUUGACGGGUGAAAAUUGUGCUGCAAUUGUAAACAGUCCACUUUGUAUGAAGAGUCUUGUCCUAGAUAAUAUUUCCUUUCCUUACUUAGUACUUACUGAAUUGUACGAGGUGUUUGAAGGAAAAGCUGGAGAGAGAAGCACAGUGAUACCACUGAUUAAGACUAAUAGUAGGAUGGUGUCUGAAUAUCCCAAUCUGCACAGAUAUUAGUCAAUAUCCUUUUAGACAGAAAUGUUUUCAAAUUGCCCUUCUUUUGUUUGCUCUCAUUUCACAUGUAGAUGUUUUCUGACCCAUACAUUUGAGAUUCUGGUCCUGAAACAAGUUGUUAAGUGCAAAGGAUGGUUUAGUCUAGUAGUUGUUAUAUCUCAGCUCCAACAUUUGCUUUAUACCUUUAUAUUGCAUUGUGUAGCCUACAACAUGUUGCAAACAAUCUGAUAAUUGACAUUCUUAGUACAAACUGUGACGGAUGUUAGUAUGUCUUCAAAUGUAAGAAUCCUGAGUAUUUUUGUAUGGACUAGUAAUCAUUUUGAGUGAUGUUGAUUUUUAAAAAAAUGUAAUUUUGUUUUUUUUGUUUUCAUUAUUGACCUACAUGUGCAUGUAGGAAUGUACAGUUUAGAAGAAGUUACAAACUGAGACUGUAUGUUACACCACUUGUGUGAAGUUUUCCAAACGAUGAAUCCCGUGGGCAUGUUUGUUUGUGUUACAGAAUGGAGCAGCUAGUUUGGUUUGUGAUUUUCAGUGGGGUUUGCAAAUAAAUGAAUUUUCACCUCA